GCCCUAGAAAGUGCCGGCGAAGGGGAAUCAUCCACCGGCACCGUCCCUGUCACUGGUACUCUCCUCCCGUCUGAGCGAUCGUGUUUCAAUCUUAAUGAAUUAACGAUUUGAACUGUUCUUCUUUCUUCUCAAUUGCCUCAAGUAGUUUCAGUUUCCUCUCCGAUGUUUUUAGCUUAUGAUUUUGCGAAUUUUACUUUCUUCUCGAAUAUGGAAAGUUUAGGUCUCUCAAUUACUUGUACAAAUAAACGAGAUAGUUUUUUAUAUCUUUGUGUUAUCGGUAUAUUCGAGAAAAUUGAGGUUCGUCCAUUUCUGUAUAGCCGCGAUUAUAUCUCUCGAAGGAUCGCGAUUCAAUCUCAUUCUACUUUUGAAGCUGAAUUUAGAAAAAUGAGUUAAUGAGGCUGCGACAUUUGAAGAAUUUGAGUCUUGUUGGGAAGCUCUUCUGAAUAAACAUUACAUUAUGGACAAUGAAUGGCUUCAGUUAAUGUAUUGUGCUGGACAACAGUGGGGGUACCUGUUUAUGUGAGAGACACUUUCUUUGGAGAGUAGGUUUGAAUUUGUUUUUUUGAUGGAUAUGUUACUGCAUCCACCACGUUACAGAUGUUGGUUAGACAGUAUGAAAAGGGCCAUGGAAAAUUGGUAUGGAAAAGAAUUAAAAGCUGAUUAUGAUCCAACUAACUCUAUGCUAGUUUUGAAGACAACAGGCUGCAGAUCCAUAUUCAAGGAGGAUAUUCAGAAAGUUCCAGGAGGAAUUGGUAGAAACUCUUGCCAAUCCUGCAACCAAAAUUGAUGAUACAGGAACCGUGCCAAGUAUCGAAAUUUGGGGAUGAUCAUAAAGCACAUGCGGUUAGUUGAGUUGAAAGCUAAUUGCAGCUAUCAAUUGUUUGAAUAUCUGGGAAUAAUUUGCAGACAUAUAUUAUCAGUUUUCCUUCUCAAUAUGUAUUGAAUCGGUGGACUAGAAAUGACAGAAAUGGAGAUGCAAUAGAUGACCAUAAUUCUGAAUUUCCUAUUGAAUCUAGAGAUUCUUUGACUGUUAGGUACAAUAAUCUUCCUCAAGAAGCAAUCAAGUGUAACAGUUCAACCUUACCGCUAGCAGAUAUUAACCGUUUAAGCCCGUUAUAUAUCACCGUCCUCUGUUAGGGAGAGGUUUCCACACCCUUAUAAGGAAUGUUUCGUUAUCCUCUCCAACCGUUGUGGGAUCUCACAUCAAAUGUGUUGAGGAAGGAGUAAAGUCAAUUCAUAUUCAUAACGUGGCUAUGGAUAUGGAUGCCUUAAAAGAGGCCUCCAGAAAGGUUGCUGCUGUGAAGAAUCGUGGCCCUAGAGCUUCGAAUGGUGAUAUCAUGGCCAAUGGAGUUGUUGAUCAAUGGUUGCAACAGAAGAGGAUCAGGCAGCAACCUAUGGAUCAGUGGAAUAGAAGGAGAAGAAAAUUCAUGAUCUUGGAAAAAAUUGAUCAACGUUGUGAAGUGUAUAGAGCAAAUCUCCUACCUGUUCUUAGAGACGUGGAAGAGCAGAAGUUGAAUCUAUCAGUGAUGGUCCAAAAUGGGAGGAGCACAAACCCACCGCUAACCGAUAUUAUCCGUUUUGGCCCGUUACAUAUCGCCGUCAGCCUCACGAUUUUUAAACACGUCUACUAGAGAGAGGUGGUUUUCACAUCCUUACAAAGAAUGUUUCGUUUCCCUCUCCAAUAGAUGUAGGAUCACACAAUCCAUUACCUUGGAGGUCAAUGUUGUCGUUGGAACACCACCUGGUGUUCGACUCUGAUAUUAUUUGUAACAGCCCAAGCUUACUGCCAACAGAUAUUGUUCUCUUUGGAGUUUCCUUCAAAGUUCUAAAACACAUCUGUUAGGUAGAGGUUUCCAUACCCUUAAGCAUUGUUUUAUUUCUCCCUCCAACUGACUUAGAGCUCACUAAUUAUGAUUGUCAUCAUCUCUUGAGUUGAUACCAUUCAUCCACCGUGUUCAUCUUAUUUAAUGGCUCGUCUUUCCAAAGAAUAAGAAUGACGAAUCAACAGAACAAGUGACCGGUGGCAUCGAAAGGAACGGUCAGGGUGUCUACUGUCAUGUAAGUGCUCUAAAUUCUAAAUGUUGUUGUGUAGAAAAAAAUGCUAUACCUUAACCUAUUCGAGUGUGACAAAGAGGUGGUUGGAUCUAGGAUGAAGCAUCAUGAACAUCUGGCAUUAAAGCCUGCCUUUGGACGCUAUUGACAUCCUGAUGACUCGACAACUUCUUUGGGUGAUUCUUGUGAAGUAAAUACAAUGUAUUGUUAAAA